AUGCAAGUUGAAAACCAGAACAUCCUCUUCCACAUGCACGUGAAGGCAACCAGGGUGCUAGAAACCAGAAGAACGUACCUCGCUGGGAUUUGCUUGGAUGGUAAGAUCAGGGGAUGCCUGAAAAGAAUCUCAUUGAGAACUACUGCAGGAAUCCAGACAGCUCCCAGAAAGAAUCUCAUUGAGAACUACUGCAGGAAUCCAGACAGCUCCCAGAAAGGAACCUGGUGCUUCAGCCGAGACCCGCUGGAGAGACGCGAGGAAUGCAUCGUGCCUAUCUGUGCUAAGUUUGAAAGACAAACUGAAAAAAUUGUCGCUCUGGAUGCAAUUAUCCUCCACCCCAAAUAUAAUUGGAAAGAGAACCUGGACAGAGACAUUGCUCUCUUUCUCCUGACGAAACCACUGACCUUCACAGAGAACAUCGCGCCCAUCUGUCUGCCCACCAAGAAAGUUGCUAAGAAUCCGAUGUUUGCCGGGUUCAAGGGCCGUGUGACGGGCUGGGGAAACGAGUAUGAGAUGAGGACAAGCGCUCCCCAGUCUCUACCGCAGGUCCUGCAACAGACCCACCUGCCCAUUGUUCUGCAGGAGACCUGUCGCGAUUCUACCAAGAUCAGAGUGACUGACAACAUGUUCUGCGCAGGAUUCAGCUCAGAUGAUUCUGUAAGUGGAGAUUCCUGUGAGGGUGACAGUGGGGGUCCAUUUGUCAUGAAGAAGAUGACCGCUGAUAGAAUCUUCUCAUGGGGAGAAGGCUGCGACCGUAGCGGCAAAUACGAAUUUUACACCCGCCUUUUCCGUAUGCGAAGAUGGAUGCUGAAAGUGAAGAAACCGAAUCGUGAAAGUUAAAAAAAAAAAAAAAGACAAUUUGACUUUUUUCUUUGUGUGUAGUAAUACAAAAAUAAAAGAUGUAAUCCGUGGGAUCCUGUUUUCACUGUACAGAACUAAAAACGAAUGCAAACCUGGCUUCCCAGCUAGAAUGUAAUCAGCAACCAAACCGGCUUCAAGGUUGCGAAGCAGAAGUUGCUGCGAUAAAUUGAUAUCAAAAUGGCUGCCAGCAAAUUCGUCGA